CCGCGUGGUCUUCUCUUCAGCAUAAGCUUUCAAUCAUCGUCAUCGAAGUUUCCUCGACAUAUGUUGACAAUAAUUCAUCGUCUUGUUGCCUAUAAAUUAUCAGCCACUGCGCCAAUUUUGCUAUACCACAUUCUUUCUUACACUCUCAAGUGGACCUUCAUUUUUCAUAGUUACGAUCUUCUUCUAACCCGCAAUAUAAAUAUAGCAGUCGGGCACAUCUGAUGGAACUUGAAUGCUGGUGAAAGCACAAUACAAUAUCUAGGAGUUUCUCGGAUAACUUCUAUCUUAAAGAUCCUCAACCUCAACCAGCUUUUUUCUAAUUUCUAUCACAGAAGAUAGAAUGGAGUCGAUUUCGGACCCACCCUUUCACGAGGCAUACAAGAUCCUGUUUGACAAGACCAGAAACGGAAACAAUUUUGAAGAGCAUAAGGAGCUCAUGGCGGUGGCCGAGGAAUGCGACCUUCCGGUGAUCGAUCUGAGCCGUUUAGAAGAGAGCGAUGAGGUUGUGAGGGAAGAGUGCAAGUCACAGAUAGCUAGGGCUUCGCAGGAGUGGGGUUUCUUCCAGGUUGUAAACCAUGGUAUUUCCACUGAGAUUUUCAGCAGCUUGAGGUGCGAGCAAGAGAAGGUCUUCAAGCAGCCAUUUGAAAAGAAGACCAAAGAGGACAAGUUCUUGAACUUCUCCGCCGGUAGCUACCGUUGGGGAACACCCUCUGCCACAUGCAUUAAACAGUUAUCUUGGUCAGAAGCCUUUCAUAUUCCUUUAACCGAUAUAUUAGGAUCCACUGGAUCAAACUCUCUUAGUUGGACAAUUGAACAGUUUGCUACAACAGUUUCGAGUCUUGCACAAACAUUAGCCGACAUCCUGGCCGAGAAAAUGGGUCACAAGUCAACCUUCUUUAAGGAGAAUUGUUUGCCUAACACAUGCUACCUUCGAUUGAACCGAUAUCCUCCAUGCCCUAUUGGUUUUGGGAUUCACGGUCUCAUGCCACAUACUGACAGUGACUUUCUCACCAUAUUAUAUCAAGAUCAGGUCGGAGGUUUGCAAUUGGUCAAAGACAGCAAAUGGAUCGCUGUUAAACCAAACCCUGAUGCUCUUAUAAUCAACAUUGGUGACUUAUUCCAGGCAUGGAGCAACGGGGUGUACAAGAGUGUUGAACACCGUGUUAUGACCAACCCGAAACUAGAAAGGUUCUCUAUGGCGUAUUUCUUUUGCCCUUCAAAUGAUACAGUGAUAGAGAGUUGCAGAGAACCCUCUUUUUACAGGAAAUUUAGCUUUCGGGAGUAUAGACAACAAGUUCGGGAUGAUGUUCAGAAGUUGGGUUCCAAAAUAGGCCUACCAAGGUUUCUCACACAUGCAUGAAGGAAAUGGCAUAUAACAUAAUUACUAGCUAGCUAGCUAGCUAGCUAGCUAUCUAUCUAGAGAGCAUAAUAUAUAAUUAUGAUCAUGAUUAUAUUUAUGGGUACAACAGUGUUCAAACAUCAACUACAUAGCUAGGUUACGUCAUAUAUAUGUUUUGUGAAGAAGACAGAAGAGAGAGAUCGAUCUAGAAGUAGAAGUAGAAAGAAAACAAGUGUGCUUGUCAGUGUACGUUUGGGUUGGUAAUAAAAUUAAUUUGGCAGAGACGGUCGGUAUGCAUGGCAGCUGGUUUGGGCCUGCAUGUUUGAUGCUGUCUCAUUUUGUCUGCUGUUAAGCUACAACCUGUAAUAUACGUACCACAUUUCUAUUCUAUUUAUUACUACAUGUUACUAGAAAGGAAGCCAUUCCCAUUAAUGGAAUGGAAUCUUAAUAUUAAUUAUAUAUAUAUUCCAAUUCCAUACUU